UGCGAAUGAUCUUACUAUAAAAAGCAAGCUCUCGCCAACCAUCAAUAUCAGUUUGAUCACAACAGAUGCUUCGUGUAACAGCGUGAAUUGUACAUUGCUGGCGAAAACCGUGAUCCGAAAUGGCCCUUAAGUUCACUCUGUUUCUAGUAGCCGCUGUCAGUGCUGCUAGUUUGCAGGACUACCAUCAACAUCAACAUAAUCAGCAGCAGCAGCAACAGCAACAGCAACAAAAUCAGCAGCAACAGCGACUGCAUGGUCUUGAUUUAGAAAACCGCCACCAGUCUACCGAAAGUCGGUAUGAGACCGCCUUGCAGAACCGAAAGGAAGAUCAGAUAGGUUACGAUUUUUCGUACUCUGUCCACGACCCAGUAACAGGCGAUCAGAAGAGUCAGGAAGAGUCCCGAAGAAAUGGUCAUGUUCGCGGCCAAUAUUCCUGGGUCGAUGCUGACGGUAUUCGACAAAUUGUUGACUACCGAGCAGAUGAUCACACGGGAUUCAACGCACAGCAGCGUACGGAACCUGCCAACCGGCCACGUCUAAACCGAAUCUUGAAGUUGGUACCUGCGCAGGCAGUAACCCCACUCUACACAAUUGACACGAUCAUUGCCCCAGCAUACACAUCAGUAUCGCGCGUAGACCAAAUACGUAGAAGCGGCCAGGAUUCCAGUGUCGCACGGGACGAACAACAUGGUGACAAGCAGGAGGUUCGAGAUACUCAGAGGGAUGAACAGAAUGCUAACCGUGACAACAGACGAAAGGAACGACGUGACGAGCGGCUGGAUGAAGCAAGUGGCAACGAGGAUCGUCGCGAGGAACGUCAUGGUACGCAUCGUGAUGAUCGGCGUGAAGACCGCCGCGAGGAACGCCGUGAAGACCGCCGAGACGAGCGUCGCGAUGAUCGUGGUGACGACCGCCGUGAGGAUCAUCGUGAUGAUGAUCGACGCCCAGAUCAUCACGAGGAACAGCGUGGCGAUCAUACAGAUGAGCGUCGAGCUGACCAGCGCCAAGAAACCGGUGAUGAUCGUCGCCUUACAGGGCUUGGCGCGGGCAUUCAAUCAGAAGUUCACUUCCAAGCUCCCUCGGUGGCCUAUCAGUACCGCAACUAGCUCACGGAACAAAACCAUCGAUAAUCUGAUAACGGAACUUCAGGCAAUAUUGCCAUGCCUGUAUAGUAUCAAAUCAUUACUAGGCACAAAUUCAUCUAGCAACAGUGGUUGUGCAGCAUAAAUAAAGCAAUCUGACAUCGAGAAGAAACACGAUCGUUGCUGUUUGGCUUAUCUCAUACAU